CAGCGAAGAUAAGCAGAGGAGCAGUGAGCCACUGACCGCCUUCUCUGCUUCCCUGCUCUCACUUCACAGCCGCCAUUGAAGCCCAAGCCUGCAGUGCUUCCCGAGAGCACUCUCUCGGCCGUCUCCUCAUCCGUCGUCGCUGCUGUUUUCGUGCAGACCAAGAUCUGUUCAAAAUAGUUGAUCUAGACAUAAUUGGAAACUGUUAUUGGGCCUGCUGAAUGAAAUCAAUGGCCUUAUCCUGUUUUAUGGUUACGCUGCCUGCUUGCCCUCGGAUGCAUUCCCAUCUUUGUAGCCAACGUUCAGCGCUAGUUCUCCGGCCAUCAUCUUGUGCCAGUGCUACCAUUGCUAAUUCCCCCCAUCCCUUUGCUCCUGAGGUUAUUGAGGCAGUGGAUUCAUUGUAUUCAGAAUUCAGAGUAGUUGACAACCUAACAGCUCACAAUAUUCAAAGAGUGACAAAGGCUUUUCAGAAUGCAAGGGUUGGAUCGCAUCAUUUUGGUGGUAGUACGGGCUAUGGGCAUGAUGAUGGUGGUGGACGUGAAACUUUGGACAAUAUUUUUGCUGAAAUUGUUGGGGCAGAAUCUGCAAUCAUUCGUUCUCAGUUUUUCUCUGGUACUCAUGCAAUUGCUUGUGCACUAUUUGCUUUCUUAAGGCCUGGAGAUGAGCUUUUAGCUGUUGCGGGUACUCCUUAUGACACCUUACAUGAAGUGAUUGGAAUCAGGGAGUGUUCGAGCACGGGGUCUUUAAAUGAUUUUGGAGUGGUAUACCGAGAGAUUCCGCUUGCAGAAGAUGGUGGUCUUGAUUGGGAUGCCCUUGCCAUUGCAAUCACACCCAAAACAAAAUGCGCCCUCAUACAGAGGUCAUGUGGCUACUCAUGGAGGAGAAGCUUAAGUAUUUUCGAAAUUCAGAGAGCAAUAGAGGCCAUCAAAAGCCAAAAAUCAGAUUGCUUGGUGCUCGUGGAUAACUGCUAUGGUGAAUUUGCAGAAACAUCUGAACCUACAAUGGUGGGAGCAGAUUUGAUUGCUGGAAGUUUGAUAAAGAAUCCUGGUGGAACAAUCGCACCUUGUGGAGGGUAUGUUGCAGGAAAGAAGAGAUGGGUAGAAGCUGCAGCGGCCCGUCUGUCUGCCCCUGGUUUAGGGGUUGAUUUUGGGUCAACACCUGGUCAUGUCAUGCGAACACUUUUUCAGGGCUUGUUCCUUGCACCACAUAUGGUUGGAGAAGCAAUCAAGGGAGGCAUGCUCAUCGCCAAGGUUAUGUCAUCCAAGGGAUAUAAGGUGCAGCCACUUUCAUGGGGUCCUCGCCAUGAUACAGUGCAGGCAGUACAGCUUGGAAGUCGGGAGCGUUUGAUAGCUUUCUGUGAAGCUGUACAAAGAAGUUCCCCUAUAGGAUCUUUUGUCAAACCAACUGCUGGGUUCACCCCUGGAUAUGCAUCAGAGGUUAUUUUUGCUGAUGGAACAUUUAUUGAUGGAAGUACGAGUGAGCUAUCUUGUGAUGGACCAUUGAGGGAGCCAUUUUCAGUAUUCUGUCAGGGAGGAACACACUGGACUCAGUGGGCACUUGUUCUAGGUGAAGUUUUGAAGGUCAUAUGAAGAAAACUAGUCUUGUUUCCACAGUUAAUUUUAUGGCUUCAUAAAAGGGCAGAUGUUGUCAGAAAGGAUUUUGGAGCCUGCAUAUAUAUGCCUGCUAUCAUACAUUAUAAGGUAAAUUUAAAUAUAUGAAAAUACUGCAAUGCUAACUGUUUCUUGACAUUGAUGUUACAAAUUUUAUGAUAUUUAUUUCGAUUCAUUUGAUAAACAUUUUGCAACCAGUGAGGCAGCAUAAUAGGACUGUUUUUCAUGGCUUGUCAAACCUUCUUUUAAAUCAUUCUGUUAUUGAGGAAUGAAUUGUUUGUUUGAAAGUAGGAUUCUUUAUUUCCCCAGAUA